GGGGAGACAAAAUGGCGGCGGCCGCGGGGGGCGCUGAGGGGCGGUUGUCGCCGUCAGGGGCCGUCCCCGCGGCCGGGGUCGCCGCCUUCCCCCGCGUGGGGAAGCGCCGUUGUGGUGCUGAGCAGCGACAGCGAGCCCGAGGUGGUUCCUCUGGCCGAGCGGGUGAAGAGGAGGCUGCCCCGCGGCCGGCCCUCGGCGGAGGGGAGCGCGGCUCUUGGGGAGGGGCCGUGUGGGAGCGGGCAGCGGCCGGCGGCUGGCGGCGGGGGGCAGGCCGGCACGGGCGGGGUGCUGGGGGCCGAAAUCAGGCACUGGGGAGGCGCAAACGGUGCCGGAGGGGUGGAGGGGGCGGCUCCCGGCCUGCCAGAAGCUGCCCUGACAGAGCCCGAGGCCCGGCCCGGCGGGUCCCCGCCGAGCGGAGGCAGCGCAGAAACUUCCCCGGUUCCGAAAAGGAGAAAAUACAGCCAGAAGGAGAGGGAGGCGAUGCGCCAGGCUGCGUGGCAGAGGAGAAAGGAACGAGAAGCGCGGAAGAAGGAGCAGGAGCAGGAGAAGGAAAGGAAGAAGACCCUUGCCAAGAUACUGAAAGCUCAGCGGCCAGGGGAGUGCCAGAAAUACAUAACGGUGGUGCUGGAUCCAGCUAUUUUACAGGUAGAAGGUGGUGCACAGGUCCUUGCUGCCUUGCAGUCCGCAAACUAUUCCUGUGUGGUUGAGAGGCAGGCUGUUCCCUGCAGCAUCACCUGGAGGAGAAAGGCUGUGAUACCUCAGACUGAAGAUGGUGAUGAGUGGACAGAAGAGCCAAACGUCCUGGUUCUGCUUCGCUUGGAGGAGUUUUUGUCCAUGGUUCGCGGCUACAAGCAAGAGGCCCAGGGCUGUGCAGAAGGACAGAAGGAGACCUUGCAGAGCUUUGUAGCUCAGGUUUUGAAGAAAAUGCCUGGGAAAAUUUUGGCAAUGACAGUAGUUGAAGUAGAAAAGUAUUUCAGAUGUCUCAGAGCUCAGUCAAAAAAGAGACUGCAACAGGCAAGAGUGCACAGAAAUGAAGGAGACGAGCAGAGGAGAAAGGAAGUUCAGGAUUCUGGUCUGGAAAUAUCCAGGUUGGAUGUGGAAGAAGCCUUAGUGGAUUUGCAGCUGUGCACACAAGUCCCAGUCACUUUUUUUGCGAGCUGGGAGGAGGUUGGAGAGUUUGCCACGAUGUUCUCAAAAGCUGUAGCUGAAGCACCGUACAAGCGACAGCAGGAGAAGACGGGGUUCUCUUUCUACUUAGAGAACAAGUGGUGCAGAGGCGUGAAGGUGGAUCCCUCUGGAAAGGGCCUCUUUGAAGUGUGGAAAAGGCAGAUACAGCAGUUUAACCGGGUCAGCCUGGAGAUGGCCGAGGCUGUUGUGACUGCAUACCCUUCUCCUCAGCUUCUGGACCAGGCCUAUAGUAGAUGCUCCUCAGAGCAGGAGCGGGAGAACUUGCUGGCUAAUAUCCUUGUGCGCCGCGGUGAAGGUGUGACAGCCACCUCCCGCCGGAUCGGACCCGAACUUUCCAGGCGGAUCUAUCUGCAGAUGACUUCUCACGACCCUGAUCUCUACCUGGAUGCCACCGGGUAGCCCAAGUGAAGGAGGAUUUUGUGGUUUCCCUGGUUUAAAUAUUCUGCUCCCUUCUGGGAAGACGUGCUUAGGUAACACGUGGGGUCAUCGCUGGUAGUUUAAAGAUUUUAACCACGUACAGUCUUUUAUCAUGGUGGAAGAAAUUUGGAUAACCUUGCGGAAUGGCUGGGGUUCACACACAGACGGUGAAUGUUUUCUAUAACAGCGUGCGAUGGACAUGCUUACUGCACUGAUGGUGCCUUUCUAUUUAUCAAAAGCUCUUCCUAGGAAAUAAAUCAUUUUGUACAAUGCUUUUCA